AAAUACCGAAGGCGCAAAAGACCCUAUGUGCGAAAGUGCUGUUUGCGUUUUGCAACGGAACUCUCUCUGGUUAAUUUCAGUUGGAAGAAAAUAAAAAGAAAAGAAAAUUAAAAGAAGAGAAAAAUGGCGGCUGCUUCACCGAUUCCGAGCACUAAUAGCAGCGAUACCACCACCACCACCGCUACAGCUACCGUCACUACAACCACUACGCCACAGCGUUCUGACCCACCGAAGAACUUACGCGGCCUCAACAAGCCCAAGUGCUCGAAGUGCGGCAACGUAGCUCGUUCCAGGUGUCCUUACAAGUCUUGCAAGAGUUGCUGCGCAAAAGCUCAAAAUCCAUGUCAUAUACAUGUUCUUAAGCCGAAUGCAACUUUUCCGGACAAGUCACCAACUUCAAGCUCUCCUCUGUUUGAUCAGCCAUCCACUGAUGUAUCUACCUCAGGGACUUCGCUAAGGGUUUCUGCACUUAGGCAGCUUUCCAACAACUUUGCUCAACUGAAUGGAGCUCAAUCUCCACUACGUUCAAGGAAGCCACUGACAAGAAAGGAUGCUGCAGUUAUAAAUCAAUGGAGGUUCUCCAAGCUGCAAGAGUACAAAGAUAGAAAUAUUGAAACUGAAAAUGAAGCUUUUGAUCGAUAUAUGCGGAAUGUUAGUUUACUAGAGGAAGUAUUUCUUGUAAAUUCUUCACUUGAAGGGCCCACAACAGAUAUGUUAUCUCUACCAGAUACCUCCACUUCUGAUGAAGGCAAUGCUAGAAGAGCAGCAAUAUUGGGGUCGAAAGUGAAACAAAGAUCAAACCCAGUGAGAACUGAUGGCAUCAGAGAGAGAAUCCAAGAGCUUGUUGAUCAGGGAUUGAAGAAUUUGCAGAAUUGGGAGCUAGAUGAUGAGGGAGGCCCUGCCAGUGCUGAUGACCUUAAUAGCCAGGAGCCUAAAAGGCCAAAGAAAAUAAAGAACUGGCGUGCUGAGAAGCUAUCUGCAGUAAGUGACAUUAUUGAAAAAUUGAACAAAGCUCGAAAUGAGGAUGAUCUGAAAUCCUGCUUGGAGUUGAAGUCCCAGUUGUUUAAUCAGCAUGAUAAGGCUAGUCUUUCCCAAAGUGAGGAUGUUGAGACAUCAAAGGAGAAGGCUGCUGAAGAUGUUUCUACAACCAAAACAGAAUCAGAUUAUUCUCUACCUAGAUUAUUUUACAAAGUUGAAGUUAAUGAAGAAGCUUUCAAUAGCAUGGAAGCACAUUUUUCUUCUAUUGAUCAGAUAGAAGAUCUUUGAUAUUGAGAAUGGAUCUGGGUUAACACUUCGGGAGUUCAACAGAGAGGAUCUGGCUCUAUACCAGAGAUCUGAUAGGUGUGGACAAGCUUUAGACAUGGACAAGUGAGCUUUGGUUAGUCUAGCAGGAGGAUCAAAGAUUUUGAAUCUUUCAGAAGCAAUGGGCCAUGUCCUAUCAUUGUACAAUGAUGUUGUGAACUAAAUUGUUUGGUGGGAAUCUCAGGUGCAAUAAAAUUGUACCCGUUUGGGGUUCCUCAUAUUCUAGAUGCCAAUUUCACAAAGAUGAAUCGUUAAUCUAGCGAGUAGGCAUCCAAGUUUUAGGCAAUACUUGGUCCUGUUGUACAGGGACUAUUUUCCCCCUCUUGGUAAGCAUAUAGACUGUGUUUGGAUUAAGGUGAACUUUGAUUUGAGGUGGAACUGGAAUUGUCAAAUCUGUGAAUGUAUGGUUUCUGUCA